AUGAGUGACAAGCCAGCCUACCUCACGACAAGCGAAGGAGCAACCAAUGAGUCGACUAUCAGGAAGUACUUGAAGUCAUCUUUCGCACCAGAGAACAUGCCAAUCGUAUGGGGAUCAGCCUUCUUCAUUGGAUCAAUUGGUUUUAUCAGAGUCGCUGGUGAUUUGUUGGUGCCUGCAUUUUAA